AUGAUAAACUUCAAUUACCCAUAAACAAUUUAUAAACCUGUCCAAAAUAACUAUUUGACUGAUACAGAUAUCCUAGGUUUUUUGGAUUAGUUAAAAGUCAAAUAAUAUACCAAUUUGGAGAGAUUAGAUAAUCAAUUAAUAGUAAAGUUUACUUUUCAAGGAGAUCAGUUCGUCACCCUUUACGAUCUCAUGAAUUUUAAAGUAUUUUUAUUUAUCAUUUUUUUUAGUUAAAUAAUGUUUAAUGUUUUUAAGUAGAUUAUGCAUUUGCGAUAAUAUACUCAAUUUUAGCAGAAUUCUAAAAUAAAUAUGAACAGCAUUAAGUUAAUUUCAAUUCCGAAGAAAUAUGGAUUAAGAUUAAAUCAAGUCCUAAUGCAACUUUUGAUGUCAUAUUUUCUUCAAUCGAUUUCGAUAAACAAAGCAAUACUAAAUCUGAUAUUGGAUCAUUAAAAGGUAUAAUUUUUAGUUUUUUGGAAUUAUUCUAAGAGUCAGAUAUUUAACUAAUAAAAGAAGUAUAUGAAUCAUUAGAAAAAUGUAAUCAAAUUAAUGAAGCCUAAAAUAUCAUAAAAAAAUAUUUGAAACCUUCCUAGUAAUUAAAGUUAAACUAUAAUAUAGUUGAUAAAUUCUAAAAUCUAGUUGAUAUUUUUAAAAAAUCAAAUGAAAUAUCGUAAAAAGGAGAAAAUUAUGAUAUCUUAAGAAAUAACAUAAUCAAUUGGGUAGCCAAGGGUAAUUAUAAACUUGAAACUGUUGCUAAUCUUAAGGACCUUUUUGUAUUAUUAUAAUUGUAGGCAACUUAUAAAAUUUUAACAUAAUGGGAUGAUUUAGACGACAUUUUUAUCAUAUUAAAAGAAUAUGAGAUUUUGAACUCACAUUAGCGUUUAUAAAACAUUAAUGACUUUAUUUUCCUAUUGACAUUUCCAAAGUAGCGUCUUAGAUCAGACAGUCAAAUAACUUUAUCCUACUCUAAAUAAACGUUAGAUUGGGUUGAAUAGUUAGAAAAACUUAUUCUUUAUAAAAUUACCCACUAUAUUUAGAACAUCACAGAAUUUUAUAAAGGAGACAGAGAAGAAUGGCAUAAGGUAGAUUUUAAAUGCAUCUUUAAUAAGGUUAGAUAAUAUCUCAAUGACAGUGAAGGUGUUGAAUAAACAAUUUAAAACUAACAAUCUUUAAAGGGCAUUACACUUGCUAUUAUAAAGGCAUAUUAUUAGGAAAAGGUUGAUGGGUUAAAUUAGGAAAUAAUUAAAAUAAUGUUUAAGAAAAAGUGA